CCUGCCUGAAAGAUCUUUAAAACACACAUUUGACCUCUCUUUGUCUUAUAAUCUUUUGGUGGGCUCCUUGCUGCCCUUCAGGCCAAAUCCCAGCUCCCACGAGGGCCUCUGUGCACGUGGACAGCACCCUCUCAACUCAUCCCUUGCGCGGCCGCUCAGCCUGUAGGCUCCCAAGGCCUCCUCGCACCUGCGGACCUCCCUCUGCUCGGGACCCAGACCCCAGACCUCGCCUUGGGGGCUGCCUUUUCUGACCGCACUUCCUCUCUGCCCCUACUCCCCCAGGCCUCAACUCACGCACGCCCAUUACUGAGCCGUUUGGCGGCCCGUCAACCGCGUGGCGGGGGCGCCUGGAAGACUACUGUGAUUGCGAGGCGCCUGUGUGGGUCACCGCUGCGUCACGGAGAGAGGAUAGCGAGGUCGCCCUUGGGAGGAAGAAAGGGAGCCAGGAGCCAGUCCUGGAAGCCAAUGAUCAGAGGCGCCGCCCGAGGGACCCUGGGCCGGCGCGCAGCUGCCUCUCAGCGUUUGCCUGUCCGUCUUUGUGUCUGUCUCUGUGUCUGUCUGGCUGUCUCCGAGCCUGCCUCCACUUCCAGAACUAAGCCGCCCCGACACCGCCAUCCCGAAAACUCCAGCCCCUUUCUCAUGGCAGGCUACUUGUCCCCCAAAGGCUACGCCCCUUCGCCCCCACCUCCCUACCCUGUGACUGCUGGGUACCCGGAGCCGGCGCUGCAUCCUGGGCCCGGACAGGCACCAGUGCCUGCCCAGGUACCUGCCCAGGUACCUGCCCCUGCGCCUGGCUUCGCUCUCUUCCCCUCGCCCGGCCCCGUGGCCCCGGCGUCUGCUGCCCCCUUCUUGCCACUGCCAGGGGUGCCUUCUGGCCUGGAAUUCCUGGUGCAGAUUGAUCAGAUCUUGAUUCACCAGAAGGCUGACCGAGUGGAAACGUUCCUAGGCUGGGAGAACUGUAACCGGUACGAACUGCGCUCGGGGGCCGGGCAGCCUCUGGGUCAGGCGGCCGAGGAGAGCAACUGCUGCGCCCGUCUGUGCUGUGGUGCCCGCCGCCCGCUGCGUGUCCGCCUGGCGGACCCUGGGGACCGGGAGGUGCUGCGUUUGCUCCGCCCACUUCACUGUGGCUGCAGCUGCUGCCCCUGUGGCCUCCAGGAGAUGGAAGUACAGGCUCCACCAGGCACCACCAUUGGCCAUGUACUGCAGACCUGGCAUCCCUUCCUCCCCAAGUUCUCCAUCCAGGAUGCUGAUCGCCAGACGGUCCUGCGAGUGGUGGGGCCCUGCUGGACCUGUGGAUGUGGCACAGACACCAACUUUGAGGUGAAGACAAAGGACGAAUCCCGCAGUGUGGGCCGCAUCAGCAAGCAGUGGGGGGGGCUGCUCCGAGAGGCCCUCACGGAUGCAGAUGACUUUGGCCUGCAGUUCCCACUGGACCUGGACGUGAGGGUGAAGGCUGUGCUGCUGGGAGCCACGUUCCUCAUUGACUACAUGUUCUUCGAGAAGCGAGGAGGUGCUGGGCCUUCUGCCAUCACCAGUUAGAGGCCGCCUCGGUGUGAGGAGACCAUCACCUCAACCAGAACUCAAGAUGGUCACUUGCCCUGGCCUGGCCCCUCCUCAGAGGCAGCCCCUUUCCUCCAUGUACACUGCAGGGGACAGACAGGGGGCUCAUCCCUACCGUACUCCCUGGCCUCCCCUGUGGUACCCACAGAAGAGUAUGUAUGAGAGCCUCUCCCCUGCUACCUCUCGCCACUGCAGUCCCUCAGCACACAGGCAUAUCGGCGUCCAGACCUCCCCUCCCCACUCCCUCUCGCCUGCUUCUGGGGGUCUCUGCUCCAGAGGCUGCCUCUGGAACCCAGGACUCGGGUUUUACAGUUUUGCGACAGGACCGGGUAGGGAAGGCCAAGAGGCACCAAAGAUAGCAGACAUAGCCACCUGCAUCAGCUUAGCCAAUUAGCUCAGCCUCAAACUAUGGCACUUUGAGGGGGUCCUCACCUCCCUACCAACAGCUGUAGGGGUGGGGCCUAGUGCCAAUUUCCUCUUUCCCUUGGGCCCUGCCCACAGCUGGUGCUUGCUGCAGCUUCCUGUGCCUUAUUUAACCACCCCUUCCUUCCCUUGCCCUAGGAAGGAGGCUGCAUCUUUGUAUGUUAUAUUCAUAUAAACUUUGUAACUUUUUGGACAUUG